AUGUCGACUCAACCAACUAAUUCUUCGCAAAUUACUCCUGUUCUUUCUUCUCCUUUGCCUCCUCCACCUCUAGAACGUGCUUCUUAUCGAAGAAACAGGAACAAUGCUGCUCGAACUUCUGCCCAGGAAAAAGGAAAGGAGCCAAUGGAUUCAUUCCAGAUCCCAGACUUAUCUGGAGAAAUUCCGGCAGGAAACUCAUCUCAGGAGAAUGCAAGAUCAAGCCAGACUCAAAGAAGGAGUUUUUACGACGAUUAUGGCAAUCCAGAUCCCUACAAUACCAGAUCUAGGAAUGUUAACUCUGAAGAACUGCCUGACUUGUUUACUAUUUUGCAGAAUCUUGAUAAGACAAUUAAGACUAAUCAGGAAUAUAAUCAGGCACAAUUCAAAAUUCUUGAGUCAGGGAUUGUUGAAAACAGACCACCGAUUACUCCUAGGAAUUUGUUUUCAACGACUCCAACUGCUCCUGAGUCUGCUCCUAUUAAUACGGCGAUGCCAACUGCGACUCCUAAUUUUGGGAGUAAUAUUCCGCAAAACACUCAUGUUGCUGGAACAUCGGCCACCAUGAGUGCAGGUUUGAACAAUUCUAAUAAUUUUGCUGGAUCUUUUGCUUUUACUAAUCCAUCGCAGGGACAAGGAGCAAAUGAUUACAUCGCUAGAGAAUUUCAGAAGAUUAAAGACAUGAUUUUGAGCGUUCCUGGAUUUUGCAAUCCAAUUCCUGAAGUCAACCCCGCGUCCUAUCUAAUCAACAGAUAUGGCGACAGGAUUGCGAACGUAGAAAUCCCGAAGAAAUUCCAAGUUCCAAAUAUGAAACCAUAUGAUGGAACCACUGACCAACAGGAGCAUAUCGCGCUAUAUCUGGAGAAAAUGGAAACGGUGCCGAUUCCAUCAAACUUGAAAGAAGCUUGCUUAUGCAGAAGCUUUGGAUCGACACUAUUUGGAUCAGCCUUAAAAUGGCUGCAGAGUUUGCCUCCUCUAUCUAUUAAUUCUUUCGCUGAUUUAACAAAUUUAUUUUAUAGUCAAUUUUCAUGCAGUAGGACUUUUGAGAAAUUGAUUGAUGAUCUAUAUAAAAUAAUUCAAAAACCGCAUGAAUCACUUAGAGAUUUUAUGACUAGAUUUACAAAAGAAUCUCUUAAUAUUCCUAAAUUAGAUAUGUUGACCGCUAUUCAAGCUUUGCAGAGAGGUCUCCAUAAAGGAUCUAAAUUCCAGGAAGAUCUCAUAAUGACGCCAUGCAGAAAUUUAGAUGAAGCAAAAGCAAGGGCAGGAAGAUUUAUAAGGCUCGAAGAAAAUGAACUUACAACUUCGAAAUUAGAUGCCUUAUCAUAUGAUUGUCCAAAUCGAAAGGCAGAAACCCCGGUGUUUAAACCGAGACACAAACCUUACUCAAGACAUGUAGAUGAUCAAGUCAAUGUCAUUGAAGAAGAUGAUCAAGUCAAGACAUGUGAACUCCUUGGAAGGAAGAAGGCCAAAGAUGUUGAAGGCUUGGACUUUUCCAAACCAAAAUCAACACAAAAAGCAUAUUCCCCACCAGCAAAUGCAAAAGUAAUUAAUACCAUCUCUGGGGGAUCGGAAGUGUGCGGGAUAACAUAUUCAUCAGCAAAAAGACUUGCAAAGCAAAGCAAAGCAGAUAAAGGAGAAAGAAGUGUGAAGAAAGCAUCAAUUUCGGACUCAGACAUUAUCUCCUUUGAAGAAGAUUUUGAUGAUAUCAUGGAACCUCAUCAUGAUGGGCUGGUAAUUACUUUCUUUAUCGCUAACCAUUAUGUUUGCAGGAUUUUGAUAGAUAAUGGGAGCUCAGUUAAUAUCAUCAAGCUGGAGACAUUACGAAGAAUGGAUAUCUCGGAAGAAGAUAUCAAUGGAAAGGCUUCUCCAUUGUUUGGAUUCAGUGGGGAAACUAAAUAUACAGUGGGUGAAAUAAAAUUACCAGUUUAUGUUGGAGGGAUGAAUUCGAUGCAGAAAUUUUGUGUCGUAGAUUCUCUCCCAGGAUACAACAUAAUCUUGGGAAGACCCUGGAUACACGAAAUGAAGGCAAUACCUUCAACAUAUCACCAAUGUGUUAAACUUCCAACACCUUGUGGAGUAGUUACUGUCAAGGGAGAUCAGCAAGAAGCAAGAGAAUGCUACACAUCGAGCAUGAAGUCAGCUGCAAAGCCAAUUUCACAAUAG